AAUCAACAGUGACCAGAAACUGCGAUAUAAGAUAGGAAAAUGAUGGCUCUAUUUCAACCAAAUGCUUCGGAAUUCCAGACUUUAAAGUCAACACCAAAAACUAUUGUCAUCACAGGCGGAUCAUCUGGCAUUGGCCUCGCAACCGCACAACUGCUCUCGUCUCUCAAUCCAAAUCACAACCUCGUGCUCAUCGACCUCCAACAACCGCCUUCAACAUUCAACCACAACCCUGCUCGCCUACUAGUCCACACAUGCAACAUUACGUCUUGGGCAGACCAACGGGCUGGCUUCGAAAAGGCAUACGCUAGAUUUGGACGUAUUGACUGCGUAUUCGUCAACGCGGGUAUCGCUGAGCACGGAGAGCAGUUCUUCAACGACGAGCUUGAUAUUGACGGCAAGUUGAAAGAGCCGGAUCGAAGGGUGCUGAACAUUGAUAUGGAUGCCGCGAGUGACACUACGAAACUGGCCAUCCACUACUUGAAGAAGAAUAGGCAAGAGGGGGGUCAGAUUGUCUUGACGGCGAGUUUGGCGGGAUACCUUGCAUCGGCUGGAGCGCCGCUGUACUCGGCUGCAAAACAUGACCAAUCGACUGACCAUCUGAUCACCGUUACCCCCAUCCUGAUAGGCAACAACCGCCGCAUGAACGGCGCUCCUGCAGAAGUCUACGCCGCAGAAAUGGCAAAAAUCGGCGUUCCUAUCAACAAGUCAGAGUCGAUUGCGCUAGCAGUUUGCUGGCUCUUCAACGGAGGGAAGAGUGCAAAUGGGGCGGGUAUCUUUGUGCAGGCAGAUCGGUUUGUGGAUUUGGAGAGAGGACUGGCGAAGACGAGGGAGCAGUGGAUGACGAAGGAGAUGUUGGACUUGUUUAGGGGAGGGAGGGGGGCCCCGCUGUUUGCAAGAAUUGAGGAGGGGACGAAGUCGAAGAUAUAAGGAGGGCUUCCCAGACAGAAAGAAAGAAAGGACAUUUAGUAUGAAGCGUCGAACUUGUUCCGUAGAUAUGGCUGAAGAAAGAGCUUAAUCAUAGAGAGAGAUACACAUAUUCCAGAUAGUCAUACUAGGCAUCAGAUAACCUUUUCAAUAACGAACAAUGCCAUUGUAAAAGAACCAUGAAUAUUGUUGAAUAUCGCUGAAGAUGAUCG